AUAAAAGGUAAAGACUUGAUCAUUUUCAAGUCAGUAUUUGGUGCAAUUCCUAAAUAUUCUCUCAAUAUGAAGACUUGCCUGGUUUUCCUGUUCGCGAUUGUCGCCUUGGCUGCUGCUGCCAAUGUUUCUUGCCCACCAGUUGAUGAUGAACAUGGUGAAGCCGUCGUCCUUCCUCACGAAUCAGACUGCUCAAAGUUCUAUCUUUGCUCUAAUGGUGUUCCAUGGGAACUUUCGUGCAAAGAAGGACUCUACUUCAACACUGAAACCAACACCUGCGAUUGGCAAGAAAAUGUUAACUGCUCAAAUGUAGGCACCACUCCAGGCGGACAAAAAUAGACGAACGGAAAGAAAUCUGACCACCUUCCUGAUGGCGCUUUCACCCUUUGGUUGCGUCCCAUACUGCUCCAAAUCGGAGAGGUUUUGGACAAAGCGUCAAGUUAAAUGUUUUAUCUCUUCCAAGAAAAUUCAGUUGUUUUCCAAGUUCUAUCGAGUAGGAGACUGGGGCAAAAUUUGUCUAAACGAAAAUUUCAAUAUUCAUUAUUUUCUAAAAUGUACCUAAAAUUUACCUUUUUUUCUAAAUUUAAAUAACAGUCUUUCAUAUUGUUAAAAGCUUGAAAAAAAUCUAAAUUAUUUGUAUUUUUCAAUCUGUAUAAAAAAUUAUUGGAAAAAUAUACGUAAUUGUCGAUCUUAA